UUGAACAUGGAAGGCAUCACAGGCGCAGAACUCUAGCAAAGAAGCGUUACGCAGUUUCUUAAUUUUUGCGAGCGGAUUUAUGUUGCAAAUUCCGUGAGCCAUCGCUUAGAAUCUCAGUUGAUGAACGCUUGUUACCAUGAAGUACGGAAUCAGCACCACUUCAGAGGACGCUGUCAUCGACAGCAUCGUAAAAGACGAGUUGACAGGAGGAGGAGGAGGUAGAGGUAACUCAGGCAGUAAUGGCAGCCCUCGGGUAGCAACCAAGGUAGUUCCUGACUCAGCAGCUGAAGCUGCUACAUCUACCACUGUGGAAGCUCCUACCGCUGCCACUACCAUGAUGGAGGGUCCCGCAAGACCCGGUGUCAAGCAUGAUGUGGAGGCAGUGGUCUUUUCUAUCCAGUUCUAUGGCAAGACCGUGGGCGAGGUGGGUUUAAUGAACCAGGACUUGGCUCAGCUCGACUGGAAGAAAUUUAAGUCUUACUUAUUUCAGAACUUGUUGAGUAUGAAUCACCAAGAAAAUAUUUGUGUUAGUUACAAUGAUGAUGAAGGUGACAAGCUACCUAUUGAAUCAGACGAGGAGUACCAGGAAGCACUAAAGAUUGCAAAGAAAAAAGCAGAAGCACAUGAUAAAAUGGUAUUAGACAUUACACGACAGGGUGGCCUUCCCACUGUGUUGUCUUUUGUCUCCUCAGGAAUAAAGAGAGUUAGCUCAUCCCCACCAAAAGAAGGAGGGAUUUCAUUUUUCAAAGCUUCCUCACCACCAAAGGAAUCAUCAGGAUUUAUGGCCAAGGCUGUUGGGACUGAGAGAAAGCUGUUUACAGGAAUUUUCUCACCAGACAGAGGUCCAAUACCAGGUCAUGUGAAGGGGGUGUGGGGUUAUAACUGUGAUGAGGCACUAGAUAAUGACAAGCCCUUCACCACUGCAACCGAACCCACCGCCAUACCCACAGCUUGUGCUCACUUCGAAAGUGGGCCACCCCUUCAGGACUUGCAAAACUCUUCUCCUAAGUUACUUUACAAGUACAAGUCUGAUGCAUCCAGCCAUUCAGUUAAGACUAAGCCCUUAAACAUUCCCACCAGUCAAGAUGUUUUUGGUGCAGGUAGUGGACAGUUACCUGAUGGAGGGGCUCGGCCACGAGUGACACAGAAGCAGAGGCAUGACACAGAACAUCCGCCACAGUGGUUUACUUCAUACAUGUCCAAGUUUCGUACAGAGUUCUCUGAGGAGGUGAGCCAGCAGGUUGUUGCGAAGGUCACUGAGGCAUUGCUUGAUGUGAGAAGCACAUCUCCUACUGUUGCUCAAGGAAACAGCAUGGAUUUACUAACUAAUAAGAUGAGCUUCUGUCAUUUAGAUAUUACAGGAAAACAGAUGACCCCUCAUCCAGGAUGCUUUCCUAAAGAUUCAUUGGAGAAUCAAGGACCCAGAGUGGUAGAUACGGUAAAGACAAAUCUGGACUCGUCAUGCUGUGACCAUAAAUCAAAAGUAAAGGAUAAAAUGGAGGAUCUUCAUAGUAUUUUACAAGACUCAAAUUCUGAGGCACGAGUGAAGAAAAGUAAGGAAAAGGUUGAGGGGGCUGAUACUGGAGCAAAACGUAAGAAGUUUGCCAGAGAGGAAGAGAAACUCUUCAGAAAACAAGAGAAGGUUGAUGAACGACUCACCAAGUUGCAAGAGAAGCUGGUAGAACGACUUCACAAGAAGCAAGAAAAAGUUGAAGAGAAAAUACUUAAAAAACAAGAAAAAUUAACAGAAAAGAUUUUAAAACAGCAAGAGAAAGUGGAGAAAAAGAAGUUGGUAUCAAAGUAUGCUGAUGAGAUGGAUAAGGCCAGCCGGACCCAAGAGAAGGUUUUGGCUAAGAUGGAAGGGCUCAGGAAGAAACAGGCAUGUUCUCCAGAGGAAUUCAACAAAUUGCGUAAAAUGGUGAACAAGCAUCACAGAGUUAUCGCAGCAGAACAUCGACAGCAGAGACGCAACGAUCGUAAAACUGGCAACUGGAAAGCUGGGAAGUCAAAAAAACUCAGCAUUGAUAACAUGGGGUUCCCUGUGGAUGCAUCUCUCUUACAUGCAGCACUACAGGAGUUGGAAGCCUUGGCUGAGGACUCUCCUACUGAGGGUAGUGGAGGUGGUACCACUCGUGGUUAUGAUGCUCUCUAUCUUAAAGACAUUACCUAUCCUGAUGGCUCUGAAGUGCUACCUGGAAAAGAGUUUGUUAAGACGUGGCGGGUUGUUAACUCAGGAGUGAUGCCCUGGAAUGAUAAAACAAUAUUAUGUAAGUGGACUCAAGUGCGAUUCCGUGGCUCGCCUGCAGGCUGGAAAUUAAAGCCGUCCCUCAAGAAAGUGGUAUGCCCCCCACUGCAACCUGGGCAAGAAGGCGACAUUUCGAUAACUUUUACAGCACCAAGUGAACCUGGUUGGUAUGCAACGCAUUGGAGAUUUUGUCAGCGAGGACGAGUGUUUGGGAACCAGAUGUGGUGUGCAGUACAUGUUACAGAAGAUCCAAACUUUAGACUAAAUCCACAUUGGUGUAAAUCGUUAGAAAAUUCUGAUGAUGAACAAAGACCUGAGCAAAUGCCAGAUUUAUCAGACACUUUGAAAGAUGACAGCGUAUUACGAGGGGCUCCAACACAAAGGAGUUAUACACAGAUUUCCAGUGGUUUAACAUGUGAACCCCGAGGCCAUCCAAGAGAGGACCUUUGUGUUCAUCCAGAUUUUUCAUCUCAAGUAGACCUAGAGGUUGGCAUUGUUGAAAAUUAUUAUGAUGCUGAAGAUCCAGCCCAAAAGGAACUGUCAACAAGCCUACAGUGUAUGACUCUUUCGUGUCCUGAUGUAGUAUCGGAUGCUGUGGAUACAAAGAGAAUUGAGCAAGACCUGAUAUCAUUUGAAGAAGAUGCUGAAGUUGUUUCUUCUGGGGCUUCAACUCCCGAAAUUAUUCACUCUAUACCUCAGCCACAUGCAGUGGUACCACUAAAAGAAAUGGCUAAGGAGUCUGUUGAGUCCUUAAGAGAAUCCUCAGUUGGGAAGGAUCAGCAGGCAGGAAAGAAGCUCCAAAAUGGACAUAAUGCAAUUCUAAGUACUCUACAAGCUGAUGCACUCAGCAUUUCUAGUGGUUCAUUCUCUGAGUUAGACUCUGAGGACCAGGCUAUAUUAAAUGAAUCUGAUACUGAACUCUCAGAUCAUGAAUAUUAUGUAGUCAACUUGCCUGAGUGCUUCAACAUGAAUUCUUCACACAUGGAUCUUGUGGGAGCUGAACUGCUUGAAUCAUCUGAAACUGCACCUGACAUUUAUAAUGAAGCUGAGCUACCAAAUUCUGCUUAUCACGAAGCUGAUCGCCCUGAAUCUCCUGGCUUCCUUACAGCAGAUGAAGAUGAUCGCACUACUACAGCAGUUUCUGAAUUACCAGAUGAUCAGACUGAGCGCAUACCUGUGACUUUAUCUUCAUCAAAUGCUAGUAGAGAGGACAGCGAUGCAAGAACAGUUGAGGUAUUCCCAGCUGAAAAAUCUACAACACAGGAUUGUAUUAGAUCUCAGAAUGAUGAUUCUCACAAAACUGAAAUUAAUAAAACCUCAAAUCCUCAUCCUCCUCCUGAAACAAAGCCAUUUAUGGAAAUACCAGCUGAAGCUCUGAGAACGAACUUAGCAUACACUGUUCAUAAACAAAUUCGGACCAGUGUUGGUGGUUCUGAUCCUGAUGCUCACUCGCAAGAGCAGAAUCAAGCAACAUGGGUAACUGGAUCAGAUGAUGUUCAGGGUGUUGUUUGUGAACAGCCAAGCUCAGCUCAACAUAAAGAACCUGGACGCACCUCCAGGAUAAGAAGUGGUGCGGCACUGAGUGAUGAUAAAGAGGCAGCGACAAAGCAAAUCCCUGAGUUGCGGGAGCUUCCUGUUGACCUUGUAGGUGCAUUGCCAGAUGAACUGGUAAGCAUCAUCCCUGAAGACCUGGUGCGUGGAGUGUGGAACACAGCUCGCACCUUAAUAACUCGCAUAAACCAGGAAAUGCUGUCACCAUCUGCUGACUCUCCAGGGCGCGUAUAUCGUACUGAUGACAAUCCAGCAAAUGAAUCUCAGUGCCCCCAACCAGAAGUCACUCCAGAGCCUGUAGCAACAGUGCAAGAGAGCACUCCCUCACAACCUGAGCAAGAAAGAACUCCACUGCCACCUCCAAUGCAACAGCUAGAAGAUAUGGGUUUCAGCAACCGUGAAGUUAACCAGCGUCUUCUUACCAAGUACGACAAUGAUGUUUCCUGUGCUGUUGCAGAGCUUAUUGUUCUCAAUUGUCAAUGAACCAUAUGCUAUUUUGUCCAUUUAUUGCCAGUCAUUGGAAAUAUUAAACAGUGAUUAGUAGCAAAAGCCUGUUAGUACUGUAUACAACACUUUAUUAGAAUUAUAUAAAUGGUAUAUAAUACUAACAAGUAGAUGAGUAAGAUGCAUGUGCUACAGUUGGGUAUCUUUAGUGUUGAAACGUUUCACCUACACAGUAGGCGUCUUCAAUCUCCUCUGUAUUUCACUGAAGCUCACUGUGUGGAUGAAAUGUUUUGAUAAUAAAGAUACCCGACUGUUGCACACGUCUUGCUCAUUUACAGCACUUCAAGUUUGUUGUACUCACAGAAAUUACUGUGUUUUUUAGGGUUUCAUAUCUACAGUAGCUAGUGUUUAGUGUGGUCAGUUGGGAAGCCUAUUUUUCUGUUCUCAAUAAAUUGCUUAUAAUGUAACACUACUUUUUUUAAUAAAGCAAAACAAACAUCCCAUAGUGGGACCAUAUUUAUGCAUAGCUUUUAUAUAGUUAUGAUGAUUUAGAAAAUAUUUUUCCAUAGUAUUGAUUAAGGAUAUGAUUGAAUUGCAGCAUGGCUCUGCUCACCAUGAUCUUUAUGUUGUGCUAAUAAUGGCACUUUGUUGUUAGUCAAAAUGUCAGAUAUAAAAAUGAUGCAGUACCCCAACAAUUUGCUAUUCAUGCAGCAUGCCAGUCUGUCAGAUGCUGAUAUUACAGUAUUUGGCAGUAUUGUUCAUUGGUGUUGAAUAUGUGUUGUGUUGCUCUCAUGUCUUAUAGAAGCUGGAGGAGCUAAUAAGUGUGUUUGUUCAGGCUUUAAAUUUAUAGAAUGAUUAAAGAAACAAGAACGUUUAAGACUUCUGUAUGGUACCUAUUGUACUAGCAACAUUUUUUAGUGUAAUUGAGGGCAUUAAGGUGCUCGAGCAUCUGGACAGAAUGGAUGCUGAAAAAUGAAUACUCUAAAGAAAUAAGUGGAAGAGAGAAUGCAUAAAUCUAUGUUAGGCCACCAAAUUUCAGAAUAGCCUUCACGAACCUCAAAGAAUCCUUUAGGAUUUUGUACAUAACAUAAUGUUAAAUUCUUUUUAGGACAUGUAGCACCAUCAUGGAACCCCCAUUUGUUCAAGCUCAUUCAGAAUCUUGAAAAGUUCCAAAGGUAUGAAACUAGACUUAAUUGCAAAGCUGAGGGAUAUAUUCACUAUGAUGAUUGACUAAUGGGAUUGAAUAUAAAAAUUCAAAGAGAAAAAGACUUUGGAGAAUUGUUUUUAUAUACUAGAUACUAGGGGAAAUUGAUGCAGCAGAUAGUAACACUUUAAAGGAACUUAAUUGAAAGCUUAAAACAGAUUUUUUUUUAAAAAGGAAUUAGCAAGUACUUUUUCUAUCUUGAUGUGGUAGAUACCACUAAGUGGAAUGAACUGGCUGUAGAAGUGGUGGAGGCAGAUUCUAUGUACAGUCUUAUGAUAGGGCUCAAGUAGCUAGAAACCAGUAAUGGCUGCUAAUAAAUCUUAAAAAAUUGAUCCCUUGCAAAGAUAAAUCUCUGAUUACAUACAUUCAAAAAGAUCCAAGUGUUCACAAGAAGACUGGUUCCAGAAUCAUUGGAGAGAAGAAAGGUUAGGAGCUCCACUCGAUGUAACUAACAAAAGAGGAGGACCAGGGGGGUCAUGAUUAUGAUAAACAAUAGAGACCUCACUUUACAUCCAUUAAAGCAACUUGCCUUCAGCAGAUUUAUUAAAUCAACUUUAAUUAUACUUCCUUUAGCACUCUCACCGUCCUUACUAACUCUACUUCUGUUAUACUCUUCACCCUCGCUGGUCUCUGAUAAGGCAUAUUACACUUUUAGGACACCCUACCCUGUUAGUGCUGUAUGACCCUCGUGAGUUUAGCUUCGACGAUUCAUGUCUGUUUUUCCCCUCUGCCAAGCACAAAAGCUCAAGAUACCUACAGUAUCUUCUCAUGCUUCUCAUGUUCUGAUAGUUCUAAAUCCUAUGACGAUGUCAGGUUUGCUGCUGUGUUUCCGGACAGUGUUGUGCAAGGGCAUUUGUUGGAAUCAGCUAGCAUUUUCACUGUUGAACUGUCAGCAGUUCUCAUUGUUGUCAUACAUAUUGCAUACCUGUCUACCUUGAUGUUUGUAGUAGUUUCAGACUCCUUUAUUGCAAUUCAAACAAUCGGAAUAUUUGAUUCUCCUCUUCCUCAAGUUUGUCGUAUUCAAUUGUGGUUGCGCUGCAUUUCUAGUAAAAACAGACAUCGUUUUUUUUUUUUGCCGAGUCUCAGGACGUGUUGAUGUUUGGGGCAACAAGCAGGCUAAUUCUGGUGCAAGGUUAGCUGUUCAGGACCUCCGCAUUUCACAUAGGGAUAUUCCAUUCUCAGACUAUUUUACAGUAAUCUCUUAGACACCUUUUCAACUGUUGGCAACAAUGAUGGUCCGAGUUGAUUCAUAACAGAUUAUAUUACAUCAAGCCUUGUUUAAAUUUCUGAUCAUUUUAUUAUCGCUGUUGUGUUUGGGAGACUACCCUCUCCCAUCUUUGUAUCGGACACACACACACACACCUCACCCAUGGGUUUAUCAUGGAGAAGUGCCCAGUGCCACUUCGUGAGAAUUGUCAAAUUCCAUUUUCUGUUUACUAUAUAGUACUACUAUUAGAUUUCCUUGUCUACCAGCGAGCACACAGGAUUUAACUCCGGUAUCAUCACCACUUUAACACCCUUACUUUAGCUGCCCUCAUUGCUGACAGCCCUACCUUUGAUGAAGACUUCCUCUUUUUGUCAGUGAUAGCACUACACUGACUUUGAUUUUACUUUCCUUUAGCACUCACCACCACCUUUACUGAUUCUACCUCUAGCAUACUCUUCAUCUUUGCUAGUCUCUGUCCUAGUAUAGUAUGUCUUUAGCACAUCCCACCCUGCAGCGCUGUAUGACCCUGGUGGGUUUAGUGCUUAAUUCUGAUUAUAAUAAUAAUAUGACAAAAUUCUCAGAGCGUUAAAGUGGAUAGAGGUGGCUGUUUGAAAUGAGAGAGGGCAUCAGGGGACAUAGAUGACAGUUUAAGAUGCAAAGAUAUUAGAAAAAAGUUUUUCUGUGUCAGGGUAGUAAGUGGCAGAAACUAGAUAUAGAAGCAGUGGAGGUAAAUUCCAUUCAUAGUUUCAAGAGUAGGCAUGAUUGGGUCCUCAAGAAAUCAGUAAAACCAAUCACUUGUAGUUAAGAGCUGGUAUCAAAAGCUAUGCCUAACUGCAAACAAUCAGUUAAGUAGAGUAUGUAAAAAUGUAUACUACUGUAUUUAGUUUGUCCUCUACCAGAGAUGAAAUAACAAAAAGUCAUGAAUGGAGACUAUGGCCCAAAUGAUCCUUGAGGAUAUCAGGAAACCUUUCUUUAACAUAAGAAUUGUUAAGAAGUAAAUUAGCUGAACAAUGAUACUGGAAGCAGACCCUUUCUCUCUAGUCAUUGACCAUCCAGCACAAGACCCCACACUUAUAAAUGUGCAUACACUAUACUACUACAAAACAUUCAAACAUUGUCAUGUAAUUUCUUUUCAGUUGGUUCUGUCAUAUGACUUCUAUACUUUUAAUAAAUAUACCUGUGUUUAAAGAAUUUGCUAGAUAUUAUCGUGUUUAAAGAACUCUACAUAUUAUCUUGUUUAAAAAAUUUGCUACAUAUUAUCUCACCAUGUUAACAUCACUGUUUUCAAAUAUUUAUUGUUUCUUGCAAGCUUUUGCUUGGUCUUAUCAAAUUUUUAGACCCUCCCUCCCUUUUUUUUUUUAAUAUAUCAGCCAUUUUCUGCCAAAGUAGGGUGACACCAAAAAAAAAAAGAAAAAAGAUGGUGAAUGUGUUUUCUCUUUUUUGAUCACCCUACUUCAGUGGGAGAGGCCAGUGUGCUGAAGAAAAAGUUUGAAGCUCAAAAGACAUUUUGUUUAAUUGAAUCACUGUCACAAGCAAUAGAAACAAAAUUGUGUACAAUUCCACAUUUAUUCUCAAUGUAUCAAUGUUCAAGCUUCUACUCCAGAUUCUCUUAGUAUGUUUAAGCUGAAGAUCGGUGAAUCAUUGCCCACAGAUUCUUGCUUUGCCAGUGCCUGUUGACUUUGAAUAUCACUAGCAUCUCUCUUGUUUGAAUACCACUAGCAGUUUUCUUGAUUUGAAUAUCACUGGCCAUUUUCUUGGUUGCCAUGAUUAACAUGCAGUGAUGAGGGAGGGAUGGUUGUAGGAAAAUUUUGGUUGCAGUCAAAAUUUUUAUUUGUCAAAUAUAUCUAGUACUUACAGCUAGUGCUCCUGGACAUCAGGGGCAUAAUAAAAUGUUUAAAACAUGUUUUUCAUAAGCAAAUUGUUUUCCACAGCUUGUGUGUAGUUUUGUAAGAUGUAUUUGUCUAGCAAUUUGUAAGAAUUAUUUUGCAGAAAGGAAUGUAUUCUUGUAUUUUACAGUUAAUUUCACAAAUAAUUAUAAAUGAUUGUGUUGAAUUACUUAAGGUUACUAAUAUUAUGUAAAGAGAGUUGAGCUUUGGCUUCAUUUUAUCAGUUUCAUAUGAACAUUUAUUUUUGGUAUCGCAUAUACAUAUUUAUUUGCAGUAUUUAUUACAUAAGACAUAUGAUUAUAACAGGUAGUCACUUAUGGUUGAGAGUUCAAGGCUGUGUUCCUUUACAUGGAAAGGUCUUAAUGGAAUCCAGAGUUAAUGUUCAAAGUCUUUGUGAUUGUAUUCUGCUGUAAUUUUAAUCAGAUAAAUUGGCUAAAUAGAGCGUGAAUUUGGAUUUUGUAAAUUACAAAUGAAAAUGGCAGCACUAGGAUAUAACUAACUGCCAAAUUUUAUUGUGAAGUAUGUCAAAUAAUUUGUUUAGCAUUUACUGAUGUUAAGAUUAAGUCAAGAGUGGGAUGAUGAAUGGGCAGGCUUUUGUUUUGACAAAAACUUUAAAUACAAUUUACAUAUACGUAAAGAAUAGUGUCAGGUAAUCUGUAUUUUUUUAUCAUACGAAUUGGCUGGAUAACAAUGCUGUUAUUUAUUAUUGCCACUUCGUAAGUUUUACGAGGCUCUUGUAAUGUUUGCACUUAUACCAAAAGCAAGAGUUUUGCAAGUAAUUUCAAUAUUUUAUAUAAAUGAUACUUUUAAUGAAAGAACCUCUGCCAAAUGAUCCUGCUGUGUGUGUAGUGUGUGUAGUGUGUGUGUGUGUGUGUGUGUGUGUGUGUGUGUGUGUGUGUGUGUGUGUGUGUGUGUGUGUGUUUGUUAUAUUAAUGUAAUAAUGAUUGUUUCUCUAGUAACUGCAUUUUUCAUUUAAACUGUUCCCUAGUACUGAGUAAAAUUGUUAGUAUUUUCAUUAUUUUAUUUUUUGUGCAUUGGGUGCUAACUCAGUACAAACAUUUUUACAAUACCAACUAGUUUUAUUGUUUAAAUAAAGAAGCCUCUAACAGUAAUAGUUUUUCAUAGUGAAUGCAAGUAAUUGUCCCAUUUCUAUAAAUUUAUCUGUGUCACUUUUUUUUUGCAUUAAAAUAUACUUGUUUUGUGUGUGUGUGUUUGACUGCAUUUAGAACUUUGUCUAGCUUGCUGGUAAACUGAUUUUAACUACAGUACUACCUACAUGUCAUAAAUAUUCUGAAGUAAUGGUGUAAUAGCAGUUAGCAUUCCUAUACCUGUGACCAGUUCUGCUUUCAAAGUCUGGCCUGAAGCUAGGUUUCCUUGAGUUUAUCAGUCAGACUUCUGCCGUCAGUGAUUUGCGUGGCAGUUGCAGCCUGACUAGUCUGUCACUUGUUACAGGCACAUGUCUGGUGUCCUCUUGAAAACUUUUACCUCUGUUCCUUCAUUAGCCCUUGUGGCUUAGCGCUUCUUUUUGAUUAUAAUAAUAAUAAUAAUGUUCCUUCAUUAUUUCUUAUAUCUGCUUGUAGAAGGUUGAAGUCUUGGACCAUGGAUGUUAACACUCUUCUCUAAUUGUGCCUAUAUGUAUAGUAUGACUUCCAGGAUUAUUAUAGUACUCUCCUAGUAUUAUGGAAACUGUUCUCGGCUUUAUAUCAUAAACAUUGUCGUAUAAUGUGUAAAUGAUAUGUACCCUUGACUACAUUCUUGUCUGUGUACUGAACUUUGUAACUCAUGAGUUAUUGUGUAGAUACAGUAAUGGUAAUGUAGAUAGUGAGUGUGAAAAAAUUGUUCAGUACAUAUUUCAUCUUUUUCAAUUAUUGUAGCAUGUAUUUACCCUUGAUUGUCCCUGGAGAAGAUAGAUCAUUUGAUUUUUAUGAGACAUAUUCAAUGGUUUAUGUACCAGAAUAACUUGGAAAAUGCCUUGAGAUCUUCAGUCCAUGAUGCACCUUUUUGUCAUGCCUUUUUUUCCUUAUUUAGCUGUGUCUUAAGUCUUAAUAAAUCACUGCUUGCAGCACUCUUGCAUUUUCUUUCAGGAUGUUUAACUUGCCAGGUAUUAAGUAAUUUUUAUCCAUGGGGUAAUGUUAAUAUCUUUAAAAAGGAUGGGAAGACAUCAGAUCAGUAUAUAGUAGAUUAUCAGUUAUCCUGAGCUAUUAGGGAGGAGGGUGUGUCAGAUUUUCAAAGUACUGGAUAAUCACAUUUCUUAGGGUCCUUUUGUGCAUUAUCUUUUAGCAUGAUCUAUUGAGGUGCCAGAUUUAACAAGACUACUGGAUAAUAUUGGAUGUUGAAUAAUUGAUUGCCAGAUAAUCAGAGAUACAAUGUGCUGUGUGUAGUUUGUUCUUAAUGCAGAGAUCUUCAGUAGUUGUUUGGAAGUUUUCUGGAGAAAUGUAUCUUUAUUUUUAUUGUAGAAGAAAAUACAGAUAUUGAAGCUUCUCUCAUUGCUUGAUUACUAUAUGGACAUUUUUUAGAUUUAUUCUGUUUUAAUUAAGAGAAGCAUGUACCAAAUCACAUGUCAAGGAUUCAGCAUAGGACUUCUGUAACCAUGGCUUGUUGUCUAAACUUUACUUGUGGGGCUGUGUACUUUGAAAUAUAUCCUUCCUUAGUGGUACACUGAAAUAUAUUCUUAGUAGUGUAUUAUAUUUUAAGUAUAUUCUUCUUUAGUGAUGUACUUUGAGCUACUGUAUAUUCUCCCUUAGUGAUCAUUUGGUGAUGUAAGUAUAUAGCAAGCACAAAGAUUUACAUAUGUACAUAAAUUAUUAUGGCUGGAAUUUAGAGUUUUACUUUAUUGCUAUUGAUAAUAUUUUUUUCAUUUUAUUGAAAUUGGGAUUAAUUGUAAAUGAGACGAAAGGCUGUAGGGAUGUCGAUUAUAAUAAAAGCUAUGGAUAA